GGUUUGGUGGAUUGUUGCAAACGGAGGUGAAUUGUUGGCUGUACCUAUACCUGGGUAUCAUCGAUUGAUUGAGGCCUGACUAUCGGAAUUUUCGAGGAAAGGCGAAAGGGGAGAGAGAGAGAUUCCGAAGCCUCUGCUACUGCUAGUUCCCGGUCUUCGUUCGGGCCGUCCAUCACAAAAUGGAAUGCUUAAUGAAUUUGGGGUCUUCGUCGAUAUGCACCUUGUCUCGGAUAUCCCCAUUGCGCCAUUCGUUAUGUAGAAAUUUGGGGCUCCAUUCGAAGGUUCAAUACGGGAAUCGCAGGAAUGAAGUGUUCUCGGUCCCCUAUCGGGCUGUGCCAAAAGCUGUUGGGGAUGCACACACGCAAAGGAGCAGCCUUGAAUCACUUUUCUGUUAUGAUAAGCCUAUCCCGGAGCAAAUAAUUGAGAAGCCCAUUGGUAUAUGUUUAUCUGAGAAAAAUGUUGGAGACAAUCCUCGUUGCCCAAGUUGUGAAGCUAAAGGAGCUGUUCUUUGCCCAACUUGCUCUGGAUCCGGCUUAUACGUUGACUCUAUUUUGGAGAGUCAAGGAAUAAUUGUCAAAGUUCGUUGUUUAGGUUGUGGAGGAACGGGGAAUAAUAUGUGUUCAGAAUGUGGUGGUAGGGGUCACUUAUGACCUGCUAUUGUGACAAGGUUCUCUUGUUAUUACCUAGUUGCAUCGUGGGAUGCCAAUUCUCAACAGCUUGUAAGGAAUACUUUUCUUACUGGGUGUCGGAUGAUAUGUUAAAUUGAGAUUUAACUUUUGUUCAAGAUCAUGUCUUUGAUUUCUAAGUUUUUAUGUACCAUUCCGUGUGAUGAUGUGAGUCAUAUUAUAAAACAAUAUCUUCUUCCACAUUCUUUUACUGCAAGGAUGGCUAUGUAUUUUUUGUCU